CCUGGGAAGACAGGAGCUCUGACAUACGCUCCCUACAACCUGCACCGAUGGAGACGCUUCUGGAAGAGCUCCUUUCAGCUUCAAAACUUCUGCAUGAGUUUAAAGAGAUGUACGAUUAUGAAAAUCGCUUAAAAACCUUUGCUAACUGGCCUUUUGUGAAGAACUGCAAGUGCUCUCCAGAGAAUAUGGCAAAGGCGGGCUUCAUUCACUGCCCAAGUGGAAAUGAACCAGAUGUGGCAAAAUGUUUCUUUUGCUUGAUAGAACUGGAGGGCUGGGAACCUAAUGAUGACCCGUGGGAGGAACAUGCCAAACGUCGUAGCUGUGGAUUUUUAUCUCUUACUAAGCAGUUUGAUGAACUGACAAUGGAGGAGUACUACAUGCUGGAAAUGAUGCGGCUAAGAACCUUCCUUUGCAAAACCGGCAGACGCGUAAUAAACGCCUUUGAAGAAGAAGUUGCUGCAACUAGGAAGCGUCUCUUAGAUAACUUUGUCUCCAAACAUCGAUAUACGCCAUGGCCACCGGCGCCCACCCGAGCCGAUCUGACUUGCCAACCUUCUGAAAGCUCCUAUGACGAGUCCAGAAGUUGAAUACGACUCUGACAUUUUUUUUUUCUCUUAAUAUGGUAAAAAUAUUUUUAUUCUGGUACAAAUACUAAUAUUAAGCUAAACAGCAGUUUGAGGAAGCGUGGAGAAUUUCUUAAUAGGCUCUCUAGAGCAGAAGUAGCAACCGAUUUAUUUCUCUCUUUUUGCAAAAUGUUUUCUCAGGACUAGGCAUGGGCUAAUGCUAGUCCCGAUAACCUGUGAAUGUAUGAUAAAUACGUAAGUGAUUUUAUUUUGCUUUUCGUGGGCUGACUUUUGAAUAAAGAUGACUAAUGGUGAGUA